AGUGCCCAUGGCAGCCCCUCGGCAUGGCACGGCUCAGUGCCACCCAUGCAGCAACGGGGCCUGGAGCCUGAUGAGCAUCUCCUCAAGGGCUAGGGGAGUUUGUCUCCCCACCCCGGUAGCGCCCUGGCUGCUUCUACCCAUCCUUAGGCCAGCAAUGCUCUCUGCAGCAUGUCCCAUCCCAAUGCUUCUCCACCACAGAACACCGGGGAGAAAGCCAAGGGGAAGUCCUUGUUGCAGGAUGCCAACGAGCUUCAAGGGGACAGCCCUGUCCUUGUGUAGUGGGGUCAGCAGGCAGUGGGUGGGAGCACAGGGCUGAAAUGGCCUUGGAGAGAGCAGUGUGCUGAAGUGCUGUGUCCCCAAGGAACCCAAUCAUCCCACCCUUCAGCUGCACUGCUUGGGGCUCUGUGCCUCAGCUUCCAGACAGCAUGGCAAGAAGGCAGCGUGGGGCUUGGGGGUGGCUCUGGUACCAGGGGACUCUGUGCUAAUGGAUUUGGAGCUCCCAGGGUCAAGCUCCCACUGCCAGGAAGAAAAACAUUCCCAGGGAACAGCCCUGGGAAAAGGCCCCCCCCUCUAUGGCGCUCCCAGCCACUGCCUUACAGCACAGCCUGGCAUCCUGGGCUGCUCAUGUGAGGAGCCAGUCUACAUCCUCCCAGGGAGAGGUACUGGGCAAAGGCCCUUCUGCCAGCAUCCCUGAGGAGAGAUGCACAGGGGAUGUGGGUGUGUAGCCAUGGGCACUGGGAGAUGAGGGAAGGGAUGGCACGCUUGGUAGAACAAAGGUGUGCCAGCUGCUGGGCCGGCUCGAUGGCCUCUCUGGGAUGCCACCAGUAUCUGGGUGGGCAGGGGUGGGUGUACCAGCGUCCACUCCAUUCCCACUGCACUGACACUGACACACUUUGCUUGCAGCCAGCAUGGAGCAGCAAGCAGGACCACCAAAGCCAAGACCUGCAGGACCCAGCACACAUCCACAGCCCAAGGAGGGGAUGCUCUGGGGGGUCCUCGCCAUCCUGUCACUGCUGGCCGGGCUGGCGGCAGGCACCGUGCGAACCCCGCACUGCAACAAGACGUUGGAUGCAGCCCCCACACCGCGGGGCACGGCCACUGCCAGCGUGGAGGACGGCGUGGAGGUACCACUCACCUGGAGCCAGCCGCACGGUGACAACGUGACGACAGGAGCCCCGGGUGGCGUGGAGCUGGCAGAGGACCUGUUGCUUCGUGCUGAGCGCUCGCCACCAGGCACCGGCAAAGCCAAGAAGGGACAGAGGAAACCUUCGCGUGGCGCCCGCGGGCGCAACUGCCACAUCCGCAACCUGAUGGUGAAGGUGCGCGACCUGGGGCUGGGCUUCAACUCGGACGAGAUCGUGCUCUUCAAGUACUGCAGUGGGUCGUGCCACCGGGCGCGCAGCAACUACGACCUGACGCUGGGCAGCCUGCUGCGGCAGCAGCUCAUUGUGCCGGGGCCGCAGGAGCGCGUGCUCAGCCACCCCUGCUGCCGGCCCACGCGCUACGAGGCCGUGUCCUUCAUGGAUGUGCAGAACACGUGGCAGACGGUGGAGAAGCUCUCGGCGGCCGAGUGCAGCUGCAUCGGUUGAUGGGGAGCUGCUGGCUCGGCCUCGGCUCGACGCACGCUGCCGAUCCCCAGCCUGGAGGGAGGCAGAACGGUGGUCCCGAUGUGAUAUGGCCACGAGGGACCGAGGUGAUGUGGCUGUUAAGGAGGGGCGGUUCUGCAACCGAGCUCCUCCGCUCAGUGCCAAGCAGAGAGCCAGGGGGUGCACCCCAACCUGGGAGAGGUGGAGGGGAUGGAGCAUCCCUGUGCCGGACUGCUGCUCCCACAUCCCCGCGAGCAUUGGAGGGGACAGGAGUAGGACAGGAGGGGGCACCCAGGGGAGCUCUCCCUGAGAACAUGGGCCAACAUGCAGCAGCAUGGGGCAACACCCAACCCAAGCCCCGGGUCCCUGCCCGGCUCCAAGGGUCCCUGCGGCGCUGCGGCACUCAACUAUUUAUUGCUCUAAGUUAUUUAUUUAUUGUUCUCGAGCGGCAGCUCCUAUUUAUGACUUUGGGCCCGCGGGGCCGGGUGUAAUGCAACCCCAGCGCUGAUGCGAAGCCCCGGCCUUGGGCUCCUCGUGCCCGCAGCGUAUUUUGUUUUGGUUUGUUUUUUCUAUUAUUUGUUUUUAAAAAAACAAAAACAAAAAAACAGGAGGAUAAACUCUAUUUUUGUACAGCCGCCUUUUCCUGUAGCAAU